AUGUCAGAGGGUGGAUAUAAUGAAGAGAUUAAGGUUCUAGACAUUUUUGAUGACAAAGAGUUGCUCAAGCUUGCAAUUGGAAGACAAUGCAUGGAACAAGGUAAGCAGUAUAAGACUACCAGAUCGAGCAAAGAAAGGUUCGAGGUGGUUUGUUUGGUAGAAAAUUGUUCUUGGAUGGUUAGUGCAAGGGGAAUCAAAUCGACUACUGCUUUCCAAGUCACAAAAGUUGUUGACCAACACACUUGUUAUGCAACAAACUUGGAGUCUAAUUAUCGACAAUCAAAGAAAAAGGCAUGGCGGGCAAAACAAUAUGCGUUGUUGAUGUUAAGAGGUACCCAAGAGGAUUUAUUCACCAAACUACCAUCGUAUCUGCACAACUUGGUCAAGCAUAAUCCAGGAACUGUUACUCAGAUAAGAACAGAUGAUGAUGAUCGGUUUGAGUUCGUGUAUAUCGCGUUGGGUUGCCCGGUAAGUAGUGAUAAUUUUUUAUAA